AUGAAACUUUCUGACUAUGAAAUAUAUUAAACAUUAGGAACAGAAUCAUUUGGUAGAGUAAAAUUAGCAAAGAGAAAAAACUCGAAUUAAUUUUUUGCUGUAAAACAACUAAAAAAAGCCGAAAUCAUAAAACUAAAACAAGUUGACCAUAUAAUUAACGAAAACACAAAUCUAUCAAAUAUUAAUCACCCAUUUAUAGUAAAAAUGGACGGAUUUUGUUAAGAUAAUCGUCACAUAUAUUUGAUUUUAGAAUUUGUUUCAGGCAGUGAAUUAUUUAAUUAUUUACGUAGUAUAGAUGCUUUAGAAUCAGAUCAUAUUUGCUUUUAUGGCGCUCAAGUUGCAUUAAUGUUUGAAUAUUUGCAUUCAAAAAAUAUAAUUUAUAGAGACUUAAAACCAGAAAACUUACUUAUUGCUGAUGAUGGUUAUCUUAAAUUAACAGAUUUUGGUUUUGCAAAAGUUGUCGAAGGACGUACUUAUAUACUUUGUGGAACUCCUGAAUAUUUAGCUCCUGAAAUAUUAUUAAAUAAAGAUCAUGGAAAGGCAGUAGAUUGGUGGACUUUAGGAAUUCUUAUAUAUGAAAUGAAUGCAGGAAUAAAUCCUAAUACAGAUGAAAAUCCAAUGGCCAUUUAUUAAAAAAUAUUAAAAGGAAAAGUAAAAUUCCCAAGAAAUUUUAAUAAAGUCUGA